ACCAUGGAUCUCUCUCCUCUCGCUGCAUUACAGUUGGUUAAAACUACCUACUCUACUCGCGUACCUGUCACCCAGUCCUUUUCCUUCUUCUCCAUCCUCCUCCUACCUCUUCAUCCUCCCUCCUCCCCUUCCUCCUCUCGUUUUGUUGAUUCCCUCAUUCUCUCAUUCCGUCUUCCUCUCCUGACCCGAACACAGCAGGCCUGAAGACGCUUGAGACGAGGAGAAUUCUCAACUUGACUCCCAGGGCUUUCGCUCGACAUCUCUCCCUCAAAAAGCCCCCCAUCCCGCCCUGUUAAAGGACAGGAACCACCAAGGCUGUGAGACUAGGACCAGAAACAGGCCGGACUGGAAAAGUGAAUCAAAGAGACCUUUACUGGUAUUUCGCUUUUCUACUUCCACUUCGCCCUCUGUAAUUUUUCCCUCCAGCUUCUCCUUCGACUCUGUAAAAUUCCUCGGUUCAUCCACCAGGAAUUCCAGUCUCCAAUCUCAAUCCACUCCCUCGCCAACGCCAACGCUCCCGCUCCCGCCGCCGACGAAGCCUCGCAUCAACGAGCCCGCUCCCUUGAUUCAAUUCAGUUCAAUUCGACAGCGACCACUCUCAACCCUUCCCGAAACUAGUCAUAGAACUGAAGACUAGUCGCCAAUCAAUUCUGGGUAUCCCUUGGACUACAGGAAAAAGCUAGGUCAAAGUGACGAUUGCGAGUUAUUCAACUCUCAAUCCCGCAGCACCCUAGAGAAUUCCGAACCAUCCACACACACACACACACACAGAAGUGAUUUGAUUAAUCGCGACCUGUUCGGUUACAUCGCUGUCGUUCUGACUCGAUAAUCGAACCAUCAGAAGCGUUCACGAGCGUAGGAAAGGUAUGUCAUUGCCGUUGCUGCACGGCGCUGGGGACAUGUCAUAUCUAAUUUCCGUAUAGCUGCAUGCCGAGUGUUCAACUCCCGCAUACCGCUCUCCUCACCACAACCACCACGCUUUUUCUCCUUGAAAUUUGCCCAGUGGGAGACGUUAGCUCGUUAUUCCUGCUCGAUUCAGGGACUGUCUCAUCUCAACGAGCUUUGCCCAUCUCCCCGACGUGUGGCUGUAAGACUCCCCCCUCUCCCCUCGAUACCAUACUCGUGCCAGCUUGACUAUCGACCAAGGGAUAGUUGCCUACAUUUCGCGGUGUAAUACCUUCAGCGAGUCACGAGUUUGGCAAAAUCGAGAUUCGGCUAGUAUUAAACUUGAUACUGACGCACAUACCACAUUAGAGCCCUUGAGUCGAUCUCGUCUUUAAACGGCCCCCUUUCCAAUCCCUUUUCUUCCAAACUCCACUAUCUACAUGCUCCUGGUCUCGUUACCAGCCACGGUCACUCUUUUCACCAUUUUCAUCCACGUUCUUUAAUAUCUUAAUAACCUAAUUAAUCGGCUUCGCAUCACUCCUUUUUGCAGCCGAAGUCACUCUCUCUUUUGCGAAUUUCCGACCACAAGAUUCCUGGCGAACCAACAGUCUCUCCUUUGACACCAAGCCACAGACACUAUUCUGCCCCGUCACCGCCCAUCUGAGAAACCCAUCACCUACCACCCAAUAUGGCGUACUCUCAACAUGACGACUCUUACUUCGUGGAGUCUGAAGAACCUCAUCACAGAAUCACAGCCCAAGAAGCAGCACGAAUGAUGGCCCGUCAACGGCAAGACAUCAUUGGCGUUGAGCUAUCACGAUUAGCAGGCGAUGAGUACCUCGAGGAUAUCAUGCAGCAUAUGCGACAAAUGGAGGAUGAGACUCUACCAGAUGCUUCCCUCAUCGAUAUGCAACGCGAGAUUCAGUGGUUCAUGCGACCUUACUUGAUCGACUUCCUCAUCGAGGCCCAUGCUGCCUUCGGCCUCCUCCCCGAGACUCUCUUCCUCACUGUUAACCUCCUCGAUCGAUACUGCUCCAAGCGAGUGGUGUAUAAGCAACACUACCAGCUGGUUGGAUGCGCUGCGCUACUCAUCGCUGCGAAGUAUGGUGACAAGAAGGACCGCGUUCCUCAGAUUCACGAACUCAACAACAUGUGCUGCGGACUCUAUGAUGCUGGCAUGUUCACACAAAUGGAGAUGCAUGUCCUCAACACCCUCGAUUGGAUCAUUGGCCACCCCACCGUCGACUUCUUUUCGCAACUAAUGGUGGCAGAGGAGGGUGACGACCAGGAGGUUGCGCACAUGGCCGCCUAUCUGUGUGAGAUUGCCUUGUACCAUCGCGAUUUCGUUUCCACCAAACCUUCCGUUAUGGCUCGCUCAUCUCUGGCUCUCGCACGAGCUAUCCUCGGCCGCUCUGAAGUUAACGAUGGAGGUUGGGACCAGACAGAGAACGUUACCUUGAUCACAUUGUCGCAUCACCUUCAUCAACCCUCGCCUACACUUGCGCGCAAGUACUCGACAACAGGUUUUUCUCGGGUGUCGCAGAAGCUGGCCGAGUUCAUGGCUGAGCAAGCUGCGAUCGCCCGUCGAGCUGCUAACCCAGCUACUCCCCUAGCCGAACCCAUCAACAAGCACACGAGCAACAUCUACAGCACUCCCCAAAAAGGACACAGCGCGAUGGGGUUCGAUGGUUACCUAACACCCCCGAUCACCCCUGACGGUAACUCCUUGAUUGGCAACCACAACAUGGCAAAGGAGUCUCACGGCUUACCUCCUCGAUGCCCGGUCACACCAACACCUCCACACCAUGCGGCAGUAUAUGGUCAACACCAAUACGUCGGAUACGUUAACCAGCAUGGCAUGAACCAAUAAUGCUCUUCAUGACAAGAUAUUGAAUCGACGAUUCGACCUUCGACGUUCACACAUGUACAUCAUCGUGGCUUCUACACUAUCUUUCCAACAUUCUAUUACUUGUUCGAAAUCAUUGCAUGGUCGCACAACAGAAUGAUCUUUCACAUAUGUUUUGGCAUUUAGCGACUGCUUUCAAUUUCCUUGCGAUUCAACAUUUUCUCCUCAAUAUCAAGUCUAGCGGCACCAAAAAAAGGAACACGCGGAUCAUACCCUUUUUUCAUUUUUAGCAACUUUAUGCAUCUUUUUUUUUUCAGGUUCCAUACGACUUGCUCUCCCGGUGUGGAAGGAAUCCGCAUACCCCCAAGAGGACCAACGACAGGUCACCGUUCGGGUAAAACUGGUUGACGACAUAGAUUACGCAUGAGGAGCCUGGCUAACCUCGAGACGGAAGAAGUAAAAAGAAGACCGAGAAUGCACCAACACAGGUCCCUCGCGGUGGAUAAAAAGGAUACCCCCCGGAUUUUGGGACAUAGGCGGUUAUGGACCGACCAGCUUUAUUAAAACAGGGACGAUGGUGUCUGACCUCGGUCUGGUACGAUGAGGCGGCCUACUCUUCACGACAGCAGCACUACGUCUGCAUAAUUCUUUCAAAGGUGGAUGGGAUGGCGAUACAUAGUUGGGAAGCCAUUGGCAUGCACAACAAACGUUGUCCUGGGGGAGGAUUUUGGCAUUAAUCGUGCCUUUGGUUGGAUCUACGAAGUCAGGCUAGUUCCUUUCUUCAGGCCCCCCGUCCUGUGUAUAGGUAGUUGUACGUAAAACAGGCACAAAAAAAGAAGUAAAAAUUCUUUAACUUGAACUGUUCCAAAUCGUAUUCAUUUCUCAUUCCGGUGGUACUCGGUGAUUAUUCAACACUGCGAUCGAUUGUUUCAUUUGGCCUUCUAAAGGCUUAAGCCCAGCCGUCAUACCGG